AUGGGAAGAGGAGGAAGAAGACACAGAGGAGGUCGUUCGCAGAGAAAUCAAUUAGAAGAUAGCAAUGAAAAUGUCCGGAAACCCCUCAAAUCAGAAGCUUCCUUUGAUUCCAACAUCCACAAUCGCACCUGGUCGAAUGCUGAUUUCGAGGAGUAUUACAAGGAGCAAAGGAUAGUGAAACCAGAAGAGUGGGAUACGUUCAUGGAGGUUCUUCGUAAGCCAUUGCCUGCUGCUUUCAGAGUUAAUUCCAAUGGCCAGUUUUGCGAUGAGAUUCGGUCGAUAUUGGAGAAUGAUUUCAUUAAAUCUCUUCAGGCUGAGGCUAUAGAGAGUGGUGAAUUGGAGGCUAUCAAGCCCUUGCCUUGGUACCCUAACAAUCUUGCUUGGCAUUCUAAUUUUUCGCGAAAGGAGAUUAGAAAAAACCAGACGCUUGAGAGGUUUCAUGAGUUUCUAAAGUUAGAGACAGAAGUUGGGAACAUGACCAGGCAAGAAGCAGUUAGCAUGGUACCUCCUCUUUUCCUUGACGUACAUCCAGAUCAUUUUGUCCUCGACAUGUGUGCUGCGCCUGGUUCCAAGACAUUUCAGCUGCUUGAAUUAAUACAUGAAUCCGCAGAACCAGGAUCUCUACCUAAUGGAAUGGUGGUGGCGAAUGAUGUUGACUACAAAAGAUCAAACCUUCUUAUUCACCAAACGAAAAGAACGUGUACGACCAACUUGAUGGUCACUAACAAUGAAGGUCAACAUUUCCCCAACUGCAACUCGAAGAGAACUUUGUCCAUAGCAUCUGAGAUUCAUCAUCAUCCCAUUGAUCAGCUUCUCUUUGAUCGUGUCCUGUGCGAUGUACCGUGUAGUGGUGAUGGUACUCUGCGCAAGGCUCCAGACAUAUGGCGAAGAUGGAACUCUGGAUCGGGAAAUGGACUUCAUAGUCUACAGGUUGUGCUUGCCAUGAGAGGUUUGUCUCUGCUAAAAGUUGGUGGGAGAAUGGUAUACUCAACCUGCUCAAUGAACCCGAUUGAAGAUGAAGCUGUUGUUGCUGAAGUUCUGAGGAGGUGUGGAUGCUCUGUUGAGCUUGUAGAUGUCUCAGAUAAGUUUCCAGAGCUUAUUCGAAGACCAGGUCUUAAGAAAUGGAAGGUGCAUGAUAGUAGUGGCUGGUAUAGAUCUUACAAAGAUGUUCCGAAAUCGCAGAGAGACGGAAUUCUGAAAACCAUGUUUCCUUCUGGUAAAAGCGAUAAAGACUCAACAUGUGGCGAAAACAGCAACGAAGAAAUGGCUUCUGGUGAAUCAGCCGAAGAAGUCUGUGAUCUUCCCCUUGAACGCUGCUUGAGGAUACUGCCUCAUGAUCAGAACACUGGGGGGUUUUUCAUAGCCGUCCUUCACAAAGUUUCACCUUUACCAGUCUCUGAGGGUGCAGAGGAUAUAGUUGUAGAAGAAUCAGCUUCAGAUAAUGGCUUGAAGCCGCCUGAGAAGGAAGGCAUUAUAAAAUUGGCUCAAGAACUUGGUGGUAUGGGAGGCAAGACAAAAGUACCAGCACUGCAAGGGAAGUGGAAAGGCCUGGACCCUGUUGUGUUCUUGAGAGACGAAACAGUGAUCAACGGGAUCAAGACAUUUUACGGCAUCAAAGAUGAAUCCUUUCCCCUCCAUGGUCAUCUCGUGACUAGAAACAGCGACACAAGCAGCAAAGGCAACGUGAAGAGGAUAUACUAUGUUUCAAAAUCGGUUAAGGAUGUUCUUGAGCUUAAUUCUGCGGUUGGGAAGAAGAUCAAGAUCGCAUCUGUUGGCCUCAAGAUGUUUGAGAAACAAUCGGCAAGAGAAUGUGAAGCAAACUCUUGCUCAUUCCGGAUAACCUCAGAGGGAUUGCCUGUGAUCCUUCCGUACAUGACAAAACAAAUACUUUACGCAACAAUGGUGGAUUUUAAGAAUCUCCUGCUAUACAAAUCGAUCAAGUUCCCAGAUUUCGCCCUUGCAGAGUUUGGCCAGAAGGCAGCAGAAGUAGCCAUGGGAUAUUGCGUGGUGGUUCUCGUCGACGGUACUCAGGAGCUCGGGUCAGAAGCAGUGGAAGUGAAUUCGUCAACGAUAGCUAUUGGAUGCUGGAAGGGAAAGGCUAGCUUAACCGUUAUGGUCACGACAGUGGAUUGCCACCAACUUCACCAGAGGCUUUCUGAUAGAGAAAGACUAUGA